GAAAACAGGCUCUCUUCAAACGAAGAAAUGAAGCUCCUUUACAUGAACUUCUUCUCAUUGCUGCUGAUUCUUCAUACAACAUCGAUGGUAGUGGACGUUGCUGCCAUUGAGUCUACGAACAUCGAUAACAACCAAAACGUUCGCAAUUCCUGCAUGUCCGUGGCACUCCAUGAUUUCUACUCCAUCGCAAGCAAUGCACCGCAAGCGUCGAAAAGAUCGUGUGAUUAUCAGAGCAAUGAUACCGGAGCUACCUCUAACGGUGUUCUAUGGUUGGAAGGAUCCACGAAAAUUUCUAGAGAUAAAUUGACCAGUAAGAAACUAAGGAUUGGUGUACCUUUAAAAAACGGAUUCCAAGAGUUCAUGAGGGUGGAUUAUGAAGAUCAACGGACCAUCGCCACAGGUUUCCCUAUAGACGUGUUCGAAUGGACGAUGAAGAAAUUGCCAUAUAAUGUCUCGUAUGAAUUCAUUCCAUAUAAGGGCGAUCAAGACGAUCCUGUGUACUAUGAUGCCCUAAUUUCUCAAGUAUACUACAAGGUAUUCGAUGCAGUUGUAGGGGAUACCGCUAUAACAGCAAACAGAUCAGAUUUUGUAGACUUUACAUAUGAGUAUAUGGAAGCAGGAGCGUCCUUAGUCGUACCGACUGUGGAUGACGACACCAUGAGCGCUUGGUGGUUCAUGAAGCCGCUAACAACAGAUCUGUGGCUGACCACACUCGCUUUUGCGGUCUUGAAGGGGAUUCUGGUGUGGGUCUUUGAGCAUGAUGAAAAUCCAGAGUUCCAAGGCGCAUCUUCAGAGAUGGUUGGGAAGAUCCUCUCCUUCUCCUUCUCUACGUUCGUGUUUGCAAACAGUGAGAAGCUACAAAGCAACUACUCGAGAUUCAUCCUAAACCUGUGGACGUUCCUGGUUUUUGUACUGGUGACAGCUUAUGCUGCAAACCUGACAUCGAUGCUAACAGUCGAGAAGCUGCAACCGACCGUUACGGACGUAAAGACAUUAAUCAAGAACAAUGAGUAUGUUGGGUAUCAAAAUGGAUCGUUUGUAUUUGAGCUUUUAAAGAAUCUUGGUUUCAAUGAAUCAAGGCUCAGGUCAUACUCCACAGUAGAACAGUACGCCGAAGCAUUGGAAAGAGGAAGCGGCAACAAUGGAGUUUCCGCCAUUAUGGAUGAGAUUCCUUAUAUCAAAGUAUUCCUAAAGAACCAUUGCCGCCGAUACACCAUGGUCGGUCCGACUUAUAGAACGGGCGGGUUUGGCUUUGUGUUUCCAAGAGGCUCAGCUAUGGUUCCUGACAUUUCACGUGCAGUUCUCAAUUUAACCCAAGGAGAAAAGAUGCUAGAAAUCGAAAGGAAAUGGUUUGGUGACAAAACAUGCCUGGACUCAGAAGCGCAAGUGACUAGCAUAAGACUGCCCUUAUAUAGCCUACGUAGCAUCUACAUUAUCAGUGGCGUUGCUUCGGCAAUCACAGUCUCCAUUUUCUUCAUUCGGUUCUUAUACAGACGCAGGCGAUGCGAUGCAUUGAGGGAAGCGUUACGUGCAAAUGGGCUAUGGAUGAGGAUCUUAACCAUUGGCCGGUACUUCAACCGGAUGGGAACGACACUUGGGAACCCCGGGGUUGAACUGGGACCGGAAACAUCGGCAGAAUUUAGCAUUAUUGGUGAAGAACUGCCGGAUUCUUGUUCCAUCGAAAUGACUCAAAGUCAUAUGAAUGAUGAGGAUGAUCAUGAUGUGAUUAUACCACAUGCUCUUUCCCUAGACACGGUAUAUGGGAAAAUUUCGCGCACUCGAAGUAGAACUACAAGAAAUUAUAGCACCCGAUAUUGAUUCUCCAUCAUGUUUCCAGCAGUUAGAUUUGUUAUAAUUGUACAUUAUAUAUUCAAGAAAAUCAUUUUUUCAUCUUCUUUCCAACCAUCUCAAAUGUAUAUAUUACUUACGAGGCUAGUG